UUAAUAAAUUAUAUUAAUAUAUUAUUAAAUUAUUAGGUACUUAAAAUGCUCUUUGUAUAUCUGAUAAAUUUCAUGUGGUGUUGGGUACUCUUUCAAGUAGUCGUACUUUAUAGAUAUUUUAAAACAGGAGAUAAUGAGCUUCCAAAAUGGUAUAAACAUGUCUAUUUUUGCGCUCAUCUUCUCAGUUACGGUCAUAGCGCUAUUAAUCCAAUAGUAUAUCAAGCAAGUAAUGAAAACUUUCGUAAAGCAGCACGUUUGACAUUUCCUUGCCUUUUUCGAACAAAUCGUAUUGUUCCUAACGUUAAUAAUAAUAAUAAUAAUAAUAAUAAUCAAAUGCAACAACGUAUUGAAGUUGCAGCAAAUUGUAACGGAAUUCAAAAUGAUAAAGUAAAAUAGUGAUCAACCAUUAAAAAAAUAUGUACAGUACAUUUAGUUUAUUUAUAAAAUUAUCUUUGCUUUUGUAGAUAUAUAAAACUGUAAAUAAAAAUUCAG